GUACGCGUGUGUGCUGCGAAGUGUAACCCUUCAUUCGAUCGAUAUCCAUCGUUCUCCAGUGUCAUCCUGCGACAGCGAUCUAUUCUUUGUGGAGGACUUGUGCGAAAUGCUCCCAAAACUAGAGUGUUGUUGGAGAAGGUAGUGGAGAAAGGUGGUGGCAGAUGGUUGCUAGAUGAUCAAACACACGGAUCUGCCGAAAGAGUGGUGCCACUUGCUUUCGGAUCGCCUGCCACUGUGCUGCAAGUGGAUUGUGUUUGAUCAUUGGCACGCGUUAACUGCGUCAGCAAGCAAAUAGAACAAAAAAAUGUUUCUACACCACACAAAACUGGAACAUCUUCGGAGGUGGUGAGAUGCUGCUGCUACUGCAGAUCAUUGUACACGAAGGCUCACUGCCUGCCCUUUCGCUCUCUCUUUCGCUGUGAUGCGUGAUUCGCUCGUGCCCCACCGGUUUGUCAUCGUCCGUUUGUUGUUUUUUUUGCGAUCAAACUGUCACACUGAUCGCUGGUCGGUGUGUCUCACUGUAUAUUCCAGCUGUCGUUGUGCGGUGAAGCUGCAUCCCGCGUAGGGAAUACAUCUAACCCCCUCAACCCUCUCGAUCACCGCUCCGAUCUCCGUUCGAUUGACGCGUGCUCAGCUUGCUAAUGUGACACCGAUGAAGAUCGAACCGGUGCAUGGUGCCUGAAUUCGACCUGUACUUCCAUCUGACCAUGAUGCGGAAGUGCGUACGUUGCCGGCCCGUGCACGAUAGAUCCAUUGAUGGUGAAUGAUAAACGGUUGCACCGGUGCGCGUUUGUCGGAUGUCAUCCAGCGCAUUCGUGCGCCGGUUGCACACAGUGUGUGAUCUUGCGCUUUUUGUCAGUAGUGAAGUUAUUGUAGUUCCUGUUUGUGCUCCCCUGUCUCGUGUGCGAAUUUGUGCAUUUUUUGCGUGCGUGCGUGCGUGCGCGUGAAUGGGGAGAUAUAAGUGUUAGUGUGCUAGUGUGUAAAAACGAGUGUUUGUGCGUGUGUGUGUGUGUGUAAAGCUACAAGUGAUCGAUUGUGCAGUGUUUGCAUCGGCAGCGAGUUCUCUCUAUCAAGCUGCGGUCGCCGCCGCCGGUUGACUGCAGGUGAUUCGGUUUUGCAUCGCCGAGAUCGCAUCUGUAGUCUACCGGAACGAUCCCUCGUACCGUACCCGGUUUAUGUUUCUUCGUCCAUCGUCUUCGCUCGAACGCUCUCGUCAACCGAAACCGAAGUGCGACGAGACGGCUACGACGACGGAACAACGGGCCAUUAAUUUCCAGCGUGACACGGCACACGGGCCGUGUAACGAGUGGCAACGAAUAAUUCGACCAGCGGCCACAAAAAACCAACACCCCUGUACAGCACCAUGCGUCCGGUCGACGCAUCCCGAAACAGUCGCAUCCUGCUCGGUGCGAUCGUGAUCCUCGCGAUCUCGAUGCGACAAGCCACUGCCAGCGCUUCGUUGUCUGGAUAUCGGGAACCGUGCACAAACGAGGGCGAAGAGGUUAGGAUCAGCAUGCCGUGCUUCAAGUGUAUCUGCAAGAACGGCUUCGUGGAAUGUGAGCAGGAAAGCUGCCCGGCGGUGGACGAUUGCUACAUCUACAAAAAGAAAGGUCCGGACGAAUGCUGCGACAAGUGUAUCGGAUGUUUAUACCAGGGCCGACACAUCGACAGCGGUACCGAGUGGACCGAUCCGGACGAUCCCUGCAUGCACUACAAAUGCGUUUCCGGUGUGGUAACGCGCUCGGAGAUGAAAUGUUACGCACCGUGCUCGGAUCCGAGUCCACCGCGCAAAGGCCAGUGCUGUCCGACCUGUUUAGGUUGCCGACUGAACGGACAGAAGGUGCUUGGGGAGGCGACACUCAGCGAGGAUCCGUGCGUGAAGUGUACGUGCAGCGGGCACAAGCUGACCUGCACGAAGCGCUCCUGUCCGGUGCUGCAGUGCCCACUGUCCAAGCAGAUCCGCACGCCGGGCGAAUGCUGUCCGCGGUGUAACGACCGGCGGGAGGAAAUCCAUCGCGGCUCGCCGAUGUGCAUCCUUGGCAAGGCGGUUCACUUCCCGGGCAAACCGUACCAUGGAGAUCAGUGCUCGAACUGUACCUGCCAGAAUGGGACGUCCGUGUGCGAGAAGAGCACCUGCCCGAUACUGGAGUGUGCGCUGGAGGAUCAGCAACGGGAGCCGGGCGAAUGCUGUCCGUCCUGUCCGAUGCCGGCCGAGUUCCGGAGCACUUGUGCUGCGGCAGGGAAGGUUUAUCAGAACAACGAGACCUGGAGUCUGAACGCGUGCACGUCCUGCGAGUGCCGGGCGGGCGAGGUCCGCUGUGCCAACAUCCAGUGUCCGAAGAAAAAGUGUGGCCCGAACGAAACGCUCCUCUCCGUGUCGGGCGAAUGCUGCCCGCGGUGCGUCGAAAGCCCGGCCGUCUGUACCGUGUUCGGCGAUCCGCACUACAAAACGUUCGACGGGAACUUUUACAGCUUCCAGGGCUCGUGCAAGUACCAGCUGACGGCGGACUGCGUCGGCCACACGUUCUCGAUACGCGUCACGAACGAUGCGCGGCUGACGAAGUACUCCUCCUGGACGAAAACGGUCACGCUCAAGCUGGAGGGCGUGAAGGUGAACCUGGGCCACCGGAUGCGCGUGAAGGUGAACGGGACGCGGGUCGAGCCACCGUACCGGUUAAACCAAACGCUCGACAUCCAUCGCAGCGCGGACGGCACGGAGGUGAUCGUGGAGACGGCGCUGGGCGUGAAGCUGUCCUGGGACGGGCUAAACUUCAUCCAGGUGCAGGUACCGACCGCGUACAAGGGCAAGCUGUGCGGGCUGUGCGGUAACUACAACAGCAUCUUCCGGGACGAUCUGUUCACCCGGGCCGGGCUCAACAUGACGCACAACGUGUGGCGCUUUGCCCGAUCGUGGGCCGUCGGCGGUCCGAAGGCGUGUACGCGCCAGCGCAAGAAGGAGCUGGCCGCCCGCCAUCCGCAGUGCAAAACGAAGAAGCUGUACCCGCUGUGCAAGCCGCUCCGGACGGCGGAAGUGUUUGGGCGGUGCAACUCGCUGCUCAACCCCGACAACUACUUCGCGUCCUGCAAGUUCGACAUGUGCGAGUGUCCGCAUCGGCAGUGCUACUGCGACAGUAUGGCGGCGUACGCGCACGAGUGCGUCCGGCAGGGCGUCCAGCUGCCCGACUGGCGCACGCUGACCGGGUGCAGCCGCAAUGCGUCCGGGUUGCUGCCACCGGCAGCUCGAGCAGGCGGUGGACCAUUGCUGCUGCUCGAGCCGAACGCGAUCGAUGCCGGCAUCUUGCAGCAGCAGCUGCCGGGUGGCAACAGCAUACGGCGCCAUCCGAAGCGAUUGCGCCGGCCGAAGCUGAUCGAGCAGAGGGAGCAGGGGCAGGGGCUGGAGCUGGAUCUGCCGCUGCAUCUCACGCACGACCGGAAGCAUCACAAGCUGCUGCAUCAUCCACUGUACCGGAAGCAGCAGUUGCAGCAGCAGCAGCAGCAAAAGCAACAGCAAAACAACAUCCCAUUGCAACCGAUCAGUGGCAAUCGUCGGACACCGCCACCACUGCAGCGCUAAGGUCCCUUCCCAGAGUCGUCUCCUUUCCUGAACUUCACCCUCCCCUCUGGUUUGCUCUGGAAGCGAACACAGGGUGGUCAAUCUGAUCUGCAACAACUCCUCAUGCCAUACAUCAACCCCAGUAUAUUCCCUCAUUCUAUCUCUCUCUGUCUCUGUCUCUCUCUACUCACAUUGCCGAAGCAGAAGAAAAUGACCCCCCCCCUCUCUCCUCCCCCUCCCCCGCAAUUCUCGCUUGUGUUGUAUUGCACCUUUACUUUAACACUUUGUAGCAGGAUCGUUUAGGAUUAUUUGUUUGCUUACUAAGGUCCGUAGUUUAAUGUGCCGUCAGGCACACCCGGCCACUUCUGGGUUUUUUUUUGUACAUAUUAGUUAACAACAAGGGAAAACAUGUGUGUUUGUGUGAACAAUCUGGCCCCCGCCCCGUUUUGCUCUCCUCUCCCUCCCUCGUGGUGUUUUACACCGAAGAAAGUAGAAGAAAAGGGGGGAAAUAAUAGGACGAUGAUGAAUCUGCGCGAGUAACAUGAAUAAUCUCACUAAACAAAACAGAAUGAAAAAAGGGAAUGAAUGUGUGUGUGUAUGUGUGUGUUUGAAUGAAUGUUUGUAUGUAUGGAAGAGUGCAAAUGAACGACCAAAACCAAUCCAAGCAAACACAGUCCUUAACCGGCCUCAAAUAGGUAACCCACAAAACGGUUGCCAGAGCAACCCAAAAAGGGGAGCAUUUAGGGAGCUUAUUCGUCCGUUUUUUUUACUUUUUUUUUAAUUUCCGUACUGAUUAGAGGAAAAUAGGGAAUGGAGAGGAAAUAUGGAUAGGGGAUUGAAGCGGGGGCUGGAAGUCUUCUAUUUUUAAGUACAAAAAAAAGCGAACAGUCACCGACCGUCGCGAGGUGAUUGAGAAUGGUUUUGCGAUUCAGGUUCGGAAUUACACCACUUUAAAUCUUUUUUUUUGUAAUGGUUUUUAUUCUAUAUUCUGGAAACAUUCUAUAUAGAAGCCUUCUUUUAAUGGUUUUUCAUUAUUAGUAGCAUUUUACAAUUUGUCCUUGUGCCUUCCAACAUUUGCUUUAUCUGCUUCUUCGAAUCGCGCCUAGCUUAGUAACUUUAUUAUCUUAGUAUGUAAUUGUAUUUUGUUUUAUAUUAAACUCAUCCUAGCGAAACAUUCAGCCCCAAGUUUUGUGAAAGGUUGCUAAGCGCCUAUUACUACGAUUAAGAACGCUAACUAGUAAACUUCUUACUCUUGUGACAGUUCAUCAGUAUUUAUUUUUUGCGUGUUUUUAAACUGUCCACACAAACACAUAACCGUUACGUUCAUCGCUCAACAUCCUUUUUUUUCUUGGCUCGUCGCGCUUUUCCGACGAUAUUGCUAUAAUUGUGAAAAGGUUAAUCUUACCUUUACCCCUUUCCUUUACCCUCCCCCCCCUCCCCCCUACAUUGUGUUUAUCGCUUGCGUACGUGUUUAGUCUGGCCAUUAUUUGGCCCCCGGAAGUUUAUCUUGUCCCCUUGGGCCGGGCCACUCCCCGUCGUAGAAAGAAUCGACCGCCUCUAGCGCCCGCACGCUGGGAAGGAAAUGUUUAGCUAGCAAUUUUGGAAACAAUAGCGAGAGCUACUUGGAUGCGAAAAAUGAGGUGUGCACGUGUGAAAAAAAGAGAAGAAAAUCUCAACAUUCCAUCAUUGACCGUUGCCAUGGGAUUUUUUUUUCUUUGCAUUUUCUGUAUUGUUUUGGUUUUGCUUUGCGUGCCAACAGGAUAGAAACAAUCCUUUGCUGAUACUUAAUUGGAUACUUAAUUUGCUGCGCUGCGCAUCAUGCUUUUUUGCGUAAAGGGCGAUGAGUUUGAAGAGGCGCAACGAAUGAUUACUUAAGCCAAUCUCGCUGAGCUAGAAAGGGGCCGAGCUGAAAGGAUGCUGAAAGGAUGAACGGAACGUGUUAGAAGUAGUUAAGGUACGACUUUAUUAAACAUAACAUUAAAGAAACAAUAAAUUACUACAAACAAGGCCACAAACCAACUCUCCAGUGAAAAUGAUACUAAACUGUUCUAGGUGUAAACUGCUUUAGGUAAGGAGGUUUAAGGAAGGAUAAAGAAGGCAAGAGGAAAGAAGAUACAAUAGAAAGAUAGAAGCGAAAGAGAAUGUGAAAAAAAGGUAAAAGCUAGAAGUAAAUGCUGGCAAUGAAGCGGAGCGUGAAAAAAUAUGUGAUCUCGUGAGUGAAUUAGUUAAUUGAAUUUGAACAAAACCGUGGCGUGGCGUGCGAAAGAUGGGCGAACGAAAGCUGGGUGAAAAGCUAGAAAAUCGAACGAUAAUGUGUUGCGUACGUGUGUUGCGGGUUGUAAGGGAGAAAAUGGUUAUUAAAAGGAUUUCGAAAAACAAAAAACGUUACUCAAAUUUCAUGCGUAGGUAAUGAUGUUAAAAUUGGAAAAUGUAGGGAAGGGACGAGCGAGUUCGAUUAAAAAAAGAAAAUUAAAUGAGAAGCGCAAACAUGUUAAACGUGCAACGCACCAAUACACGCACCCAUAAAUGCAAAACUUUUACAACGAUUGAACUGGUGAUCGAUGAUUUGUUUUUAAAGUAUCUCUAAUGGUUCCUACAUACAUACCAACAUUGCACACCGAAACACAGACACACACACACAUAAACACGGAGCCAAGCGGCGGCUACAAGCGCGUAGGAGCCACAUUACACACAUCGAUACACAUUCAUGCUUACACUCAAAAAUCAAAAAGUUACGGAACAAAAACUAGGCUUAAGAAGCGAGCAGUGUACGGUUAAGCCUAAUGAACUAAUGGAGAAAAGAACACAUAAAAAAGCAGUAAAGGUUAUUCUAAUUUAUUGUACAGACUCGAAGUUAGCGAAGAAGCUAAAUUUAAUGAAACAGUCUCCUUCUCCCCCCCCCCUCCAAAUCACCGUUGAUCCGGUAUUUGUUUCCUGGUGUUUUGCCAAAACCAGCAUAGGAAAAUGGCGCUCUGUUCAAGCGUGGCCCCGAGGCAAUGAUAAACUGCCCCGAGGAGGGCGCUCUUGUGCGUAUUGUGAGUGAAAAUGACCAACCAGUAAUAAAAUACAGUGUAUGUGACAAAAUCA